ACUAAGAGUUAGCUUCACUUAACUUUCUAUUCCACAGAUAACAAACAUGGAGCGAACAAGUAGCAUUAGGAGAAAAGCCAUGGCCAGACAGCAUAAAGGAGAAGUCAUGAUUGCUGGAGAACAACUCAGGUUGAGGCUUCACGACGGAAAGCUGAUCAAGGACCGACGCUACCACUUGCGCACGUAUCCCAACUGCUUUGUAGCACAGGAACUCGUAGACUGGCUCGUGAGCCAUAAGGAAGCCCCAGAUCGAGCAACCGCGGUCUGCCUCCUGCAGCACCUCAUGGAUCAUGAUAUCAUUCACCAUGUCUGUGAUAAGAGGACAGUAUUCAAGGAUGCCAAACUGCUGUACCGUUUCCGUAAGGACGAUGGCACAUUUCCCUUCAAUACUGAGGUGAAGAUCUUCAUGCGAGGCCAACGACUGUAUGAACAUCUCAUAGGGGAAAAGAACUCCAUCCUGCAGCUACGAGAGGAACAUGGCGUUGCAUAUCAGCGCUCUUUUCCUGGCUGCAAGUUAAUUGACUGGCUCAUCCAGAACGGAGAGGCGGAGAGCCGACGUCGGGGACUGGAGCUGUGUCGUGCAUUGCAGGAGCAUGGCAUCAUUCAGCACGUGGCAAAGAAGCACGACUUCUUUGACAGUGGACUGCUCUACCAGUUCUGCAUUAAUUUUCGCCGCCGUCGCCGCCUAUCUGAACUCUUAAAUGAAAGUGAACAGGAUGACAGCGAAGAUGCACCAGUGUCGACACAAGAGGACAAUCAUACUGACAGUCCAUUUGUUCUGCGAAAAAGUCAGCUUCAGGAAGACAACAGUGCUUUCCAUUCUGUGGGGUCCAGCACAGACCUGAAACAGGUUACCAGCGGGCGUAGAGGCAGCUUGAAUUCCCUUCAGCUUCACUCAUCUGGAUUUUCACCUCUUGUCCAGCUGCCUUCUACUUCAGUGGUGAGAUGCAAUCCUAAAUCAGUACUCAGAAGAAAUUUUACAUGUGAAGAGUUACUGGCACCUGGUGCACCCUUCAUCAAGAAAGUAUUGACGGUGAUAGGAGAUGCCCUGGGCUGGGGUUUUGUUGUCAGAGGCAUGGCUCCCUGUUAUGUGCAAGCUGUUGACCCUGGAAGCCCAGCAGCAGCGGCUGGAGUUAAGGUGCGGCAGUUCUUGUGCCAGGUGAAUGGGCGCUGUGUUCUCUACCUGGACUACAGGACAGUCUCCAGACUGGUGAUGACAGGAACUCGCACUGUUGUACUGGAAGUUAUGGAACCACUAGAAUGACAACAGCAAUUACUAUGUGUGUGUGUAAUAAUUGCAUCUGCUGUAACUGAAAUAUAUUAAAUAUAUAUAAUUUUUUAAUAGAAUCUUUUUUCACAAUUAUUCACCAUGGGCAUUUGUUAAUUUGUGGAAAAGCCAUGAAAAUCGAAAUGUAGGCUGCAACAAAAGUAGGUAAACUACAAAUUUUCAUAUACCUGAAUUCAUGAACAAAUGUAAUUUUUUUAAUGACUGAAAAUAAAACAUU